GAAUCGUAUUGCCUGUACGAGAGUGAACCACGAAAUGUGAUAUCCUCGAGAAUUUGUUUUAAACGAUUUUUAAUUCGUCGAGAGGGAAGACUUCAACUAACGAAGACCUUGAGAAACGUUAUCGUAAUUUGAUCGAGGAGUAGUAAUCCUAACAUGAAAACUCUUCAUGGAUAACCGAUAGCCGAUAGUCGACAUUCUGGCUUGUGGCUCGAUAACGAUAGUUUUUAGAAAAAACGUUUCGGACGAACAAGAGAUCGGACAUGGGGAAUUCAAAGUCGAAAAGUAAGAACGGUGCACGAGGGAAAAUUCGCGGAAAAGCUGGACGUGACAGUCAGCCUGGAGGUGGCAAGUAUCCAGGAAAUCGAAACGACGAAUACGAAGACACGGAACUGUUGUUACUGAGAAGAGCCAUCGAAAGGGAUCCGGAAAGUUUCGUACUAAACAAUCUGAUGAUGUGUGUUCAGUUUUUCGGCAAUUACGAAGAAGAAAUCAAGCACGUGAAGGAAACGCUGGUCUCGUCGCAGGAGGCUAAAUUGAACAAACGUCUACCACCACAGAAACACGUUCUACUUCCAGACGUUCUUCAAGAACACAUCUCGCGAAAUGUCGGUUUUACCUCGACCAGGCAAACUUUUCGACCGACCGUCGAACCACUUCAUCCGGUUCGAAUUUAUACAGUCCACGAUAACAUCGAUAUUAUCGAACAGAAUUAUUCGUCACACUACAGUAGCGUGAACGAUUCGACCAUGUACAAUAUUCUGUUGAAACCGACGGCUCAUCAAGGAUACGUGCACCUCCAACUUUUGGACGAAUUUGGAAUGUCCAAGAGAAGAAUGAACGAUGACGAGAUGGACUUAUCGUCGAUAGCGGAGAACGACGAUGAAUUUUACAGCGACGGUGAGAGCAUUUACGGUCUGAAACUAGGACCGAACGCGUCCAACUAUUCGAUCCUACCCGAUAGGUCCAAGCAAGCUGCGUCAAGAGGUUCUAACUACAGCAUACACGCGAGAUCCUUGCCGAAUUUACACGAGGAGGAAAUCGCAACGACUAGUGGACGCGAUUUGUCUCAUUCCAGUCGCAACGUGAAGGCCCAGACCGAUUACGAGAACGACUCCUCGGCCGAUGAACGGAGCUUGGGAAGCAAGAGAAACUUGUUCAAGGGAGAAUUGACCAAACAAGGGAAUCGACGGCCGGAAAAACAAUCGUCGCAAACUAAAGUGCAAGAAUUGUCGGGUCAAGAAAUAACGACCAGUAGCAAUAGUUCCGGUUAUCGAUCCGACAAUUACACGAUGGACAGCGACAGCAGUGGCAAUCGCAGUCAAAAUUUUAGUUUGUCUCAGAAUUCGAACUACGAAGAGUUGGAAGAGUGGAUAGCAAACGCUAAACUGCCGAAUAACUGCUUCAAAAAGGUUACUUACACGGCCGAUGGCAAACUUUUCGAUCCAAAGGAAGAGAGGAAACAGCUAAUAAACAGUAAACAGCGGAGGAUCAAGCUGGCUCUGAGACGACACAACUAUGAUCUUCUUUACGUGAGCAGCACCGAAUUCAUGAAACACUUUAUAAACGUUUUCGUGAAUCGUUUGGCCGACUCGUUCGGCUUCGAUAAGGAAUCCGUGGAUGACGCGAGACGAGAGGGUUGCGUUCUCUAUUGCGACCAAAUCAUGGUUUCCAGCACGGUCAGAUACAGUCGAGUCGAGCAGUAUGAAAUUAUACCCGCGAUUUGGUUGCAAUGGCCCACCUGUGCUCAAGAAUGGCUGGACAGACCGAGAAGUACCUGGCCCGACUACAAUGACGUCGAAAAAAUCAAAGACUUUGGAUGUUUCGUGGUACCGGAGGGUUUUGUGCCGAAAAAAGGGAACAGCAGUAUUAUGGUGGACCUCGAAUGGCAGCUCACUUUUCCAACUGCCGAACGAUAUCUUGAAACCUGUAUGACUCAGUCUCAGGUACAGGUGUACUUCAUCGCGUUGAUGCUUCACAAGACUUUUAUGAGGCCCGUUUUGGAUACCAUGUUCGGUAUGACCGCCGCUCACAUCAGGCACAGGUUGUUUUGGAUGAUCGAAGAGAACGACAGGCCAUCGAAAUGGCCCAACAAUAGAAUGGGAGAGUGUUUGUUAUCCCUAUUGAACUCGUUAUAUCAUAGUAUUAGCCAAAACGAGCCCACGCUCAGGGAUUACUUCAUCGCCGAUAGGAAUCUCUUUCAACGCGUACCUUGUGAACAUUUGCUGCACACGCAGAAACAACUGAAACGCAUCAUCGAGAAUCCGGUGAUGUACGUUUUCCAUGCGUUGGAGAACAUUCGAUACGGCGAUAACUUUUUCCCUCGGCUAGAUUUCGAGAUGCUGUUGAAAAUAUUGACAGCGGACACGUUGACACUGGUCAACCCGGCGUUAGCUCAACGUAUCAUAAAGCCAAUGCCACGACCUAACGAUUCAAACGCCGAGCAGGAGGACAAAUAUGGUAAAACAAAAGGAUUUUGGGACAGUGUCAAAAAUCAACCAAAAAAACAUUCCGUUCAAUCGGUUAACAAUAGAACGUUAAUUAAUCCUCGCAAAGCUACGGAUUCCAUCAUCGAAAUUUCGACGCGGUGCGCGGAGCUCGAGGGUCCAAGGUUGUGCGUUCUGCUAGAUUUCUUCGUAAGGCAUUUUAUCAAAAUCGCUGAACGUUGUAAUCAGUAUCGAGCCUAUGGACAGAAAGCCGCUUACCUCGAUCACGCAGAUCGAUUAUCCAUUAUACUUUUCGAACAUCAAAGAUUCAAAGAGGACGCUCGAGCUUAUCGCGAUAAGAUCAAAGUUCUUAGAAGAAAGAUUGGAAGAUCAGAAUCCCGAGACAAUAUUCCGGAAACGCCAAAAAGAAACCCAGAAACCGCCUUAUACGUUGCAUCGUUGAAAGAUCGCUUCGUGCCUGAACCUCCGGAGAGGGUUUACUCUUCGCCACGAAACAGUGAUGCACCGCAAUCGGAUCAGACGACCGAUCGUGUUCAAAAUGUUACCGAAGCGAUAGUUCACGAAACGCAUCAUCAAGAAACGAAGGAAGAAACGUUCAACCUUAAGGACAAAACGAUAACGCCGAAUCCAGUGACGUUACGAAAAAGUUCGAGCGAUGAAAGUGAAAUUUAUGAAUCAAAAAAUGACAAUAAAUCGGUGCUUAUUACACUGCCCGAAGUCCCGGAAAACGACUCCACGUACAUUUAAAAAUAUAUUGGAAGAAAAUCAAAUCGAAAACUAAACCGAAACAUUCGACCAAUCUUUGGUCGUUCAUUCAUUAAUAAAUUUCUCAUACUUUAGAAAAUCGUUUGUAAUUUAUUGUUACUUUAGCAUUAUUUAUAUCGUAUUUGAUCAAACAACAACGUGUUUCUCACUGCCAAGACUAAUAAGACGACAAGAAACUGUACACUUAAACUAUUAGUUGCGCGCUAAGUUGUCGAAAACCUUUUAAAUAAGCUGUAGUUUGUAUGUAAAUAUUUAAAUAUACAGAUAUGUCACAUUUA